GCUUCGCAAUCAAAACAACGGAAAAUGUGUUUCGCGAAUAACGAAUAAUUUUUAGCGAAAUUUUGAUGGUUUAGUACGUUUCGCUAGAUCUUUUCAACUGAUUCUCAUCCAGUAAAUCAACAUUUAAGAAUACACAAUGAGUAUCAUCCAAAGAAAGUUAUUUUCGGGGAGUUUUCCGCUGCUCAACAUCGUCCGUCGAUUAGAACUACUAUCCCCAGUUGCAGCUUCGUUGUCCACCAAGGCAGAACCCUUACCUACUGGCAGCGCAGCUCCGUCGUCGCAGCAACAAUCCCGUCAGGCCAACCCUGCUACCACCGGCAGCGAAAGGAAGAGCAUCGUUCCUCCGGAGUACCGGUUCAUGUAUCAGGAAUUUCUGCCCGAUCCAAAGAUAGAAUGGCGUAAUCCGAUUCGGGAAAAGCUCGAACGGCUGGACAUGUUGGACCGUCGAGCGAACAUCGACAUUCCGGAAUUUUACGUCGGGUCAGUGCUAGCUGUUACCAGUUCGGAUGUUCACGCGGUGGGGAAAACUUCUCGUUUCGUUGGGAUUUGUAUCCUGAAGGAAAAGUGUGGUUUGAGGACAAGGUUCAUACUGCGGAACGUGGUGGAUAACCAGGGAAUGGAGGUCAUGUACGACAUGUAUGAUCCAACUCUGUUGAAGGUCGAGGUGUUGCGACUGGAGAAGCGAUUGGAUGAUCAUCUGCUUUAUCUGCGAGAUGCACUGGAAGAGUAUAGUACCUUUGAUUUGAACAUGGAGCCGGAAAUUCUCCCAGAGGGUGCUCCUGUUCCGGUGAACGAUGUCAAGGUAACGCUCAAGCCGAGACCGUGGUAUGCCCGGUGGGAACGUCACGAACUGCAAGGUGUGGCCAAUAUCGAUGAGCACAUGAAUGAGAAGAAACGUCGCAAGGCGGAACGAUUGGCCACCCCCUGGGAAAAGUACGAUUUGAUGAAGGAGUACAGGAAGAGUAUUCCGGAGGAAGAACAGAAGGAAAUCUUUGCCGAAGUGUAUUCGCAGCUGCAUCAGAUGGAGCUCACCCGCAAGAAGAUGAAGAGGAAGCGUACGUUCAUCAAACCAACGAAGUUAGCUUGAACAAGGGGGGAAA